GAGAGAGAGAGAGAGAGAGAGAAAGAAAGAAAGACAGUCAGACAGAGAGGGAAAGAGAGAGAGAGAGAUAAUAGAGACGAACAGACAGAGAAAGAGAGGAAUUAAAGAAGAGAUAACGAUAAGGUAUCGGACACUAAUGAUACGCCGUGGCGGCCACAAGAGUGUCGAGUGUGCGUGUAAACGGUGCUAGAAGAGAGCGAGUUUUGGUGGAUCGUAAUUUCAUCUUGCCUUUGGUAAAACAAGAAGGAAAUAUUACUAGUAUUACUAUCUUACCACUACUCCGUACGAUUGCUCGUUGUGUGACGAGUAACAACAAGGACAGGACAGCGGAACAGUCUUGACAUUUUUGUGAGAGCAACAACAACGAAAGCAACGAGGACGACAGAACAGUGAACAAAAAGACUUUCAAUCUUACAGAAAGUCUUGUCUCGUCUUUCUUCGUGGUUCAUCAUUCCUUAACGUUAUCGUCUUCAUUUUCAUCUAAAUCUUUUUCUUCUCUUCUUUUUCUUCUUCUUCUUCUUCUCCUUUUCUCUCCUUUUCCUUUUUCUUUUCUAUAUCGAUAAGGUCCCCGUGCAAACGGAAGCCUUUGGUAUAUCUCCCACAUCGCACACAGUCACGCGAUAACGCGUACAUUAGCUCCACGAGAUGGAGAGACGAGCUGGUUUUGUGCUGCUGGGAAUGCUAUAUUUAGCAAGCACCCUCGAGUCCGUCCAGGCAGUGAACUAUACGGGACCGAGGCUCGUACACAAGGGUCAACCUUGGAGUAUUGAAUGCAGCGGCCUCCAGCCGGACGAUAACAUUAGGUGGACUAGAAAUGGUCAAACUCUCGAGCCGGAAUUGGCGAGUGGUCAGUUGGUCGUCCGUUCGAAGGUCAAAACCGGAGGAAGCGAGCUUGCAGCAAUUCAGGCCACGGAGUUCCAUGAAGGCGACUACAAGUGCACGCCCGACAGCUCCGACGCUUUUCAUCUAUUUCUAUAUUUCGAUGUGAAGAUUCGAGUACUUACACAGAAGGAGGUACCUCUGUCUUUGGAGUGUGCUAAUCGAAGCUCCGGAGAGAAAGUAGCAUGGUAUAAGGAAAAAGUACCGAUAUUGACGGCACUGGUUGGUAAAGAGGACCUCAUCAAAAUAGAUAACGAGACUAGCACCUUGGAAGUAUUGAAAGUUGACGAUGUUGUCGUUUAUGGAAAUUAUUCUUGUAAAGUAGGCAAUGUUUCGACAGACUACAGGAUCGUACCAAAACCGUCCGUUAUCUUACCCGAAUCGGUAAGCGUCGUCGAAGGUGAGAAAUUGCUUUUGGUAUGUAACGGUAAACACAGUCCAGGUGUGAAGAUCAUAUGGACGUUUGGCGAUCAAAAUUAUACCACUAGCAAGGGUAGAGUCAAAAUUACGCGCGAUCAAGAGAAAGGAAUUAACGGUGCCGUUUUGACCGUCGAAAAUAUUGAGAUGAACGAUCGCGGUAAGGUUUACUGUAGGGUAUCUUACAAUUGGUCCGACACAACGGAGGGUCAUUCCGCGCAAGCUGUCUCCUUACUUAGGGUCAAGGACAAACUUGCCGCACUCUGGCCCUUCCUUGGUAUCUGCGGUGAGGUCGUAGUACUCUGUGCUAUCAUUCUCGUUUACGAAAAGAAACGAAAUAAGGCCGAACUUGACGAGUCCGAUACCGAGCAAAGUCCUGACACCAAACCAACGCCUAACAAAGAUUCCGAGGUCAGACAAAGAAAGUGAAGAAGCAGAAUUUAAGCGGCGGAAGAACGAGAGCGAUACAUAUAUAUUAAGAAAAAAAAAAAAAGCGAUAUAAGAAAAAAAAUAACGUGGUAUUUCAUGAAGUGAUUACUUAAAUCAGCCCGGAAUACUUAGCGAAUACGGAUUUUCUUCGUGGAAAUAAAAAAAGAAAGAUAGAAAUUGGUAGAUAAAGAGAAUGAGUGAGUGAGUGAGUGAAUGAAUGAGCGAGAGAGUGAGUGAGAGAGAAAAAGAGAAAGAACGAAAGUAUCAUCUAUCAAUGUGUAUGCUAUUUCGUGCGUAUAAAAGAAAAAAAGAAAAAAAAUAUAGAAAAAGGUGAAAAAAUUAAAAUGAGGGCUUGUGGAAAUACGCACGCAGAAAUUAACAUUUACGAACAAAUAAAAUUAAGCCUUAAUACGAUGUUCGCUCCAUGUAUCAGAUGUUCGUCUGUCGUAUUCGACUCCAUUGCUUUGAUCGAUAGAAAAAUGAUAUAUGAUAUGAUAUGAUGUGAUGUAUAUGGUGUGUAUGUUAGGAGGUAUACAAGUAGCGCGUAUGUAUGUGCAUGUAUAUGAUUCUGUUCUACGCGCGGUUUUAAUGAUGAGAAUAAAUAUGUUCGUGUAAUAAGGUUCAGAGGAGAGAAAGUAAAAGGGCGCGAUAGUGAUGAUAAUAUAAUGACUAUAUGAUGAUGAAGCAGCAUGCGCAAAAUGCAUUCAAAAUGGUAGGCUAAAAAUGAUGUAACGUUAUAAUUAUGAGAUUCAAUUACCGUGGAGAAUGUGAUUGCGCGCGCGCACGUUUGCGAGACACACACACACAGAUCUUAUUCGUUGCGGUUAAUCUUAAUGCAUUAGUAUGGUGACCGGUCGAUCGCGCAUUCGUUCACUAUAUAUUUUAGUAUCGUUCUUCUGGAAAAAAAAAGAAAAAGAAAGAGGAACGGUGAAAGGAGAGAAAAUCAAUUAAAAGUGACUCGACUUCUCCUGUGUAACUUCGUACACAUCAUCGACGAAAAAAGAAAGAAUAACAACAACAACAAAGAAAACACACACAAAGAAAAUAAAUAAAUCUUAUGAAUAGGACCGAAGAUGUGCUGGAUACUAUUAGUUACAUUAUAACAUUUAUGAUAGGGACGAUAUGGCAAAGCGCGUUUAUAAUUGACUUCCGAUUUUACUUAUCCAUCUUUCGGAGGUACAGAGAACUUACCUUUGGCGUCGCCUUAUUACAAUUAUAAAUCAUCAAUCAUUAAACUAUAUCGGAAGUCUUGCCGCACGUGACGCCGUUGUUAACAACAUUACUGUAAUUAAUAAUAUUGCCAUCGUUACUACUGCUGCUACUAUCGUUAUUAUGAUUAUUACAAGUAUUAUCGUUAAUUUUA